CUCUGCCUCUCAAACCCUAGAUUACAAGCAAACCCCAGAUUCCUUCCUUCUUUCCUUCCUUCCUUCCUUCCUUGCAUCGUUCCCAGAACUUCGAAUUCGAGAGCGAUGGCUGAGACGGAGACGUUUGCAUUCCAGGCGGAGAUCAACCAGCUUCUGAGCUUGAUCAUCAACACCUUCUACAGCAACAAGGAGAUUUUCCUGAGGGAGCUGAUCAGCAACGCUUCAGAUGCGUUGGACAAGAUCAGAUUCGAGAGCCUCACAGAUAAAUCGAAGCUCGAUGCCCAGCCCGAGCUAUUCAUCCACAUCGUCCCGGACAAGACCACAAACACUCUUUCCAUCAUCGACAGUGGCAUCGGCAUGACCAAGUCUGAUCUGGUGAACAAUCUUGGGACGAUCGCUAGAUCUGGCACCAAGGAGUUCAUGGAAGCCCUGGCUGCGGGUGCUGACGUUAGCAUGAUUGGUCAGUUCGGUGUCGGGUUCUACUCGGCUUAUCUUGUUGCUGAGAAGGUGAUCGUGACGACGAAACACAAUGAUGAUGAGCAGUAUGUGUGGGAGUCGCAGGCCGGCGGUUCCUUCACUGUCACUAGGGACAACUCUGGGGAGAACCUUGGCAGGGGAACAAAGAUCACCCUCUACCUCAAAGAGGACCAGUUGGAGUACCUUGAGGAGCGCCGUCUCAAGGAUCUGAUCAAGAAGCACUCAGAGUUCAUCAGCUACCCCAUCUCUUUGUGGACAGAGAAGACCACUGAGAAGGAGAUAUCAGAUGAUGAGGACGAUGAGGAGAAGAAGGAUGAGGAGGGAAAAGUAGAGGAGGUUGACGAAGAGAAGGAAAAGAAAAAGAAGAAGAUCAAGGAAGUUUCCCACGAGUGGGCAGUGGUCAACAAGCAAAAGCCAAUCUGGAUGAGGAAGCCUGAAGAGAUCACAAAGGAAGAGUAUGCGGCCUUCUACAAGAGUCUUACCAAUGAUUGGGAGGAGCAUCUGGCUGUGAAGCAUUUCUCUGUGGAGGGCCAGCUCGAGUUCAAGGCCAUUCUUUUUGUGCCCAAGAGGGCCCCCUUUGAUCUGUUUGACACCCGAAAGAAGCCCAACAACAUCAAGCUUUAUGUCAGGCGUGUCUUCAUCAUGGACAAUUGUGAGGAAUUGAUUCCUGAGUACCUGAGUUUUGUGAAGGGUAUUGUCGAUUCAGAGGAUCUCCCCCUCAACAUCUCCCGAGAGAUGCUUCAACAGAACAAGAUCCUUAAGGUCAUCCGCAAGAACUUGGUGAAGAAGUGUGUUGAGCUCUUCUUUGAAAUUGCUGAGAACAAGGAAGACUACAACAAGUUCUACGAGGCGUUCUCGAAGAAUCUCAAGCUUGGCAUCCAUGAGGAUUCUCAGAACAAGUCCAAGUUGGCUGAACUUCUGAGGUAUCACUCCACCAAGAGCGGAGAUGAGAUGACAAGUCUGAAGGAUUACGUGACAAGGAUGAAGGAGGGCCAGAAUGAGAUCUACUACAUCACUGGCGAGAGCAAGAAGGCGGUGGAGAACUCACCUUUCCUUGAGAAGCUGAAGAAGAAGGGUUAUGAAGUCCUUUAUAUGGUCGAUGCCAUUGAUGAGUAUGCUGUGGGCCAGCUGAAGGAAUUCGAGGGGAAGAAGCUGGUCUCUGCAACCAAGGAGGGCCUGAAGCUGGAUGAGAGUGAAGACGAGAAGAAAAAGAAGGAAGGCCUCAAGGAGAAGUUUGAGGGGCUGUGCAAGGUUAUCAAGGACGUGCUGGGUGACAGGGUGGAGAAGGUGGUGGUGUCGGACCGUGUUGUCGACUCCCCCUGCUGCUUGGUGACUGGGGAGUAUGGCUGGACUGCUAACAUGGAGAGGAUCAUGAAGGCACAAGCGUUGCGGGAUUCAAGCAUGGCUGGCUACAUGUCGAGCAAGAAGACAAUGGAGAUCAACCCAGAGAAUCCCAUCAUGGAGGAGCUGAGGAAGAGAGCUGAUGCUGACAAGAAUGACAAGUCAGUCAAGGACUUGAUCCUGCUGCUGUUCGAGACUGCCCUCCUGACCUCAGGCUUCAGCCUUGACGACCCCAACACUUUUGGCAACAGGAUCCACAGGAUGCUGAAGCUUGGUUUGAGCAUUGAUGAAGAGGAUGCUCCUGCCGAUGCUGAUGCAGACAUGCCCCCACUGGAGGAUGCUGAUGAAGCUGAAGGCAGCAAGAUGGAGGAAGUUGACUAAGUGGGUCACGGUUCUUAGAUAUAGUGAACUCUUUAUAAAGUCUUUUGUUUUGCUGUUUUUUAACUAUUGCUUUUUUCUCUUUUUUGAAAUUUGGGUUUUUAGUUCUCGACAAGAUGAGGGAGGGCCCCGUUUUAUGUUUUGUUCUUUUUUUGGAGGCUCUUGGUAAGUACUCAAUUCUAUCUUGUUUUCGACUCUAUGCACAUGAUUAGAUGUGAUUGCUUCUUCUGGUUUGUUCC